AUGGUUAUUGGGGAAGCUAAAACCAUAAUUAAUUUCCUCUUCAAUUUCUAUUGGAAUUUGUUUUUGUGGGCUUAUUCAGCUAUAAGAGCCCUGAAAUCACGGAGAAAGAGUCGUUUAUAAAAAUAGAAAACGCAAGGAUUGUGUGGAGAAGAGUUCAAGCAAAGUUGAUGUCGUUAAAAAAAAAAGGUUGAAAGAGAGCCUCUUUUUACGGGGUGAUAAUAUGGCCAUGUGGCCAUCUGGUUCCGAUCUUUCCUCCUUUAUCUGAACCUUUUAAUGUUCAGAGAGUUGUCGAUAUGUUUGGUUCUCUCUUGAUCACUCGAUGACAGAAGCAGAUUUGAAGGGUGCAGAUCUCUAUAGAUGGAUGAAUAUUCUGGUAAAAGAGCUGUUGAUGGGAUUGUGGUCUCUAGAAAGGGAUCUGGUCAUGUGCUGAGAGAUAAUGCCAACAAUAGAGACCCUAAUGCACAAUUUUGCAACAGACUUGGUUGCAGUGGCAGACUGAACUCAAGAGGUUCUCAAAAUGGCUGUUCAGAAAAGGCCAAAUCUUCAAGGCCUUCUUUACGCUCUUCUUCAAGUGGCAAGGAAAUAAUUGGAAGUUCCUCUAGGACUUGCUUGACGAUUGGUAAUGGGAGAAAAUCUACCAUGGAGCCUCGAAGAAAGAUAUCUUCUCAGUUAGAUACUGAUUCAUCUGAAACUAGUAGCAUCCAGGAUGAACCAGAAGUAGCAGAACCCACUCCCUCACCUGGAAAGAUUCACAGAGGGGCUGAAAAUGCGGAUUCUGAGAGUGACACAUCAAUGGAAGCGGGAAGUUCUAGUGUAGCAUCAGGUAUAAGACCACAGAAGAAUCCUCAUCAAGGAUCUGGAUUUCGCAACCGGGACACUCUAGUCUCUUCCUCCAUAUCUAUGGGAUCUAAGAGCUCUGGCCAGGCAACAGGUGCUGGGGCAAGCAGGCGUGGUAUAAGAAAUCUCAGAAGCAAUUCAAUACCUGAUGCCCUCCCAUCUGGUUGUUCAGCUUUGGAUUCAAGCCUCAGUAAGAGGAAAGAUAUUGUGAAAAGGAGAAACUCCGAAGGAGAAAGUAGCUCCAAUGUUGGAGGGAAGAAGAAGAGUGGGUCAUCAUUGGAAGGACGGAACUCCAGUUCUAGCCAUGGCAUCUCCAUUUCUGAUUCAAGACGAGCCAGAAAUAUGCCUCCUAACAGGGAUACUUGUGUUGCAUCAGUUAGGACAAGGGGAUCAGUUGAUGGUCACACCAGGACCAGGCUCUCCAAUCAAGGAAAUGGAAACAGUUUAUCACCAAAUCAUCCCUCUGUUACCAUCCCACAAAUGCUUCAAUCUGACAUACCUAUAGAAUUGAAUGAUCCUAGUUCGUCACAUCAGCUCUCUGCAGAAACUCCCUCGAGUCGUGCAAUUUCUUUCAGUCGACCAGGCAGUAGCAGCGAAAGCUUACAUGGUGUUUUGUCGGCAAGUCCUACAGAAGUUGGUAUUAGCCGCUCGUUGAUGAAUCAGAAUAGUAUCAGGCGCUACAACAUAGAUGGUAUUGCGGAGAUUUUAAUGGCACUUGAGAGGAUUGAACAAGAUGAAGAGCUAACAUAUGAGCAAAUACUUGUUCUGGAGACUAACUUGCUUCUUAAUGGCAUAUAUGUCCAUGAUCAGCAUAGAGACAUGAGACUGGAUAUUGAUAACAUGUCAUAUGAGGAAUUAUUAGCUCUAGAAGAGAGGAUGGGAACUGUGAGCACUGCACUACCAGAAGAAGCAAUGUCGGAAUGCCUGAAAAAAAGCAUUUAUGAGUCUAUAGUUCCAAAGGAUGAAGAUAUGGGCUGCAGUGGGGAUAAAGAUGAUGUCAAAUGCAGUAUCUGUCAGGAGGAGUAUGUGGUUGGAGAUGAAAUGGGUAGACUGCAAUGCCAGCACUUAUAUCAUUUGGGCUGCAUACAACAGUGGCUUCGGUUGAAGAAUUGGUGCCCCAUAUGCAAAGCAUCGGCGGCACCCUCACUAUCGCUUUUGACUUCCUCUUAGUUCAAUUUAAAAGAUCAGGUUGGAGGAGACCUGCUUUUUCCUUUGGUACAGAUUAAGUUUGUUUCUUCGUUUUCAUUCAUUUUUUUUUUUCUUCUUUAAUGUCCAUGUACAUAUAAAUUUCUUUCAGCUGAAUCAACUAAUAAACACAGGCUAUUGGCUUGAUUGGUUUACCUUCA